CCCGUUACUCCACCACGUACCACGACGUCCUCCCCAUCCACCAUGUCGACCGAAGAUCAAGCCCCAUCGCAAGAUAUUCCGCCCAAGGAGAUCUUUUACUGCGAAGUAUGCACGUUCCCUCUUGAAUACUGCGAAUUCGGAUCAAGUUUCACGAAAUGCAAAGAGUGGUUAAAGGAGGCGGAUUCUGCGCAGUACGACAAGCAUUACUCAGAAGAGGCUCUGCAGUCAAAGCUUGGUACGCUCAGCUUGGAGGCACAGAAGAAGCUCGAGAAGGACGUAGCCAAGAAGGAGGCAAAGGCUGAGGCAAAGGCAGAUGCGGCUCUCAAGAAGAAGAUGUCAUCACCAGUGACGAUCAAGCGGAUAGAGCGGAAUAAACGAAAGCAUGUUACCGCUGUCCAUGGUCUUGAGGCCUUCGACAUCGAAUUGAAGAAAGCAGCCAAGUUCUUCGCCCAGCGUUUCGCGACGGGUGCCUCAGUAUCGAAAAACGCUCAAGGCCAGGACGAAAUUGUCGUUCAAGGAGACGUUGCUUACGAUAUCGAAGAACUUAUCGAGAAGGGGACGGGUGUGCUCAAAGGUAUUCCAAUAGAUAAUGUCGAGAUUGUAGAGGACAAAAAGAAGAAGUCGGACUAGUCUAAUGAGUUGUAUUCGGUGAGAUUUCGUAUGUUGUUUGUGUUACCUCACGAAAGCGUACGAAAUCUCUUCGUAGCAUCUCGCGUUGUAAUCACCUAUUCAUAGGACAGUAAAUCCUAGCGCGCC